ACCGGGACCCAACUGACACUGGGAGCCCCCCAGAACCGAGAGCAGAACCCUUCCAGAACCGGGAAUGGAACUGGAACUGGGACCAGGACCCUUCCAGAACCGGGACUGGAACCAAAACUGGGACCAGAACCGGGACCAGAACCCUUCCAGGACCCUUCCAGAACCAGAACCGGGACCAGAACCCUUCCUGGACUGGGACUGGAACUGGAACCGGGACCAGAACCGGGACCAAAACCCUUCCAGAACCAGAACUGGAACCAGAACCGGGACCAGAACCCUUCCAGGACCCUUCCAGAACCGGGACUGGAACCAGAACCGGGACUGGAACCGGAACCGGGACCAGAACCCUUCCAGGACCCUCCCAGAACUGGAACCAGGAGCCCUCCAGAGCCAGAACCGGGACCAGAACCCUCCAAAACCGAGACUGGAACCCUUCCAGGACCCUUCCAGAACCGGGACUGGAACCAGAACCGGGACCAGAACCCUUCCAGGACCCUCCCAGAACCAGAACCGGGACCGGAACCGUUCGGGCCCCGGGGGGACGUGA